AUGACCGAGUCCCAAAUGGCACUCCUCCAACUUAUCGACUCUCUUUCUUCUUCUUGCUCGUCCCAAAUGAUUGUCAACCAAUCUGUUGGCCCUCUCUUCUCUCGCUCUGUAGGCCUCUUUCAAGGCAGCAUUCUCAGCCCAUGGCUGUUCAAUGUCUAUAUUAACGACCUUGCCGAAAAAAUCGCCCACAUCGACCCCCAUCCCUUCAUUCCUCCUCUCCUCCUCUUCGCCGACGACAUCUUACUGCAACCCUCCACUCCUUCCAUCGCCAAACGACUAAUUUUACAAGACGCGGCGGCAAUUAACCAAAGCAAAGUUUUCCACGCCGGAAAGAUGGCAUGUUUCUUUUUGGAAAAAAAUCUUGCGGAGACCUCUUUCUUGGCCAAUUUUGAUCAAUGUAGACAUUACUACGAGAAACAAGUUUUGGCAAGAGACAGUUUCCGUGGUUUCUACCUGAGCCAUAGAAGGCAAAAGGCCAGGAGAACCACGGAGCUGCUGACCAAAAGGGUCAAGCAGCAGAUGGCGAGGGUUGAAAGGACGUAUCUGGAUCCUUCCUCAGUGGCACAUAAGGUGUUCCUUAUGUGCAUAGGCGACGGUGGCCCUGGGGUUGGAUCCCACAUCAAGGGGCCACUUGAGACGUGGCGGGAAAUGGCUACAACGGCUGAAUGCUCAUAG